UCCACUCGAGGAUCGACGAGGCCUCUCUUCUCGUUCUCCAUCCAUGGCGGGCUCCUCCUCCGAGCUGAUCUACCGCGGCCACGACGCGCAUGCACCGGCGCCGUCGGGGGAGCAGCGGACGCACAAGCCGCCGCACAGGAGGGUCGGUCCGCUGCGGUACCUGCUGGCCGAGCAGCGGCUGGUGUUCGCGCUCGUCGGCAUGGCCAUCGCGUCGGUGGUGUUCCUCCUGGCGGCGCCGUCGUCGGGGUCCGGAGGCCACGAGGUGAUGGGUGCCGCGUCGGCGUCGGCGUCGGGCGUGGCGCGGCUGGCGGCGACGGGGCUGGCUGCGCGGAUGGCGUACGAGGCGGAGCAGGGCGGCAGCCGGCUGCCGGGGGCGCGCGUGCCGCUGGGGCUGAAGCGGAAGGGGCUCCGCGUGGUGGUGACCGGGGGAGCCGGGUUCGUGGGGAGCCACCUGGUGGACCGGCUGCUGGCGCGCGGCGACAGCGUGAUCGUGGUGGACAACCUGUUCACGGGGAGGAAGGAGAACGUGCUGCACCACGCCGGCAACCCGAGGUUCGAGAUGAUCCGGCACGACGUCGUGGAGCCGAUCCUGCUGGAGGUGGACCACAUCUACCACCUCGCCUGCCCGGCGUCGCCCGUGCACUACAAGCACAACCCCGUCAAGACCAUCAAGACCAACGUCGUCGGCACCCUCAACAUGCUCGGCCUCGCCAAGCGCGUCGGCGCCCGCUUCCUCCUCACCAGCACCAGCGAGGUCUACGGCGACCCUCUCCAGCACCCUCAGGUCGAGACCUACUGGGGUAACGUCAACCCCAUCGGAGUGCGAAGCUGCUACGACGAGGGGAAGAGGACGGCGGAGACACUGACCAUGGACUACCACCGUAGCGCCAACCUCGAGGUGAGGAUUGCUCGGAUCUUCAACACCUACGGCCCUCGCAUGUGCAUCGACGAUGGCCGGGUCGUCAGCAACUUUGUCGCCCAGGCACUGAGGAAGGAGCCCUUGACGGUGUACGGCGACGGCAAGCAGACGAGGAGCUUCCAGUACGUCUCCGAUCUGGUGGAGGGGUUGAUGAAGCUGAUGGAAGGGGAGCACGUGGGGCCGUUCAACCUGGGGAACCCCGGGGAGUUCACCAUGCUGGAGCUGGCGAAGGUGGUGCAGGACACCAUCGACCCCAACGCCAAGAUCGAGUUCCGGCCGAACACCGCCGACGACCCGCACAAGCGGAAGCCGGACAUCAGCCGCGCCAAGGAGCUGCUCGGGUGGGAGCCCAAGAUCCCGCUGCACAAGGGCCUCCCGCUCAUGGUCCAGGACUUCCGCGACCGCAUCUUCGGCGACCGCAAGCCCGACGCCGCCGCCGGCGACAACUGAUCCAUCCUACCGGCGUUCUUCUUCACACGAGUUGAAAGAUCGAUACUCUCUACCACCACCAUACCAGCUUAGCACAGCAGCAGAAGCACUGAUCCAUGGCCGCAAGAAUGGAUGGAUCGAGUCGGAGCCGAACCGACGAGCAAGAUCAUGUUUGUAGGUGUAGAUUUUUGGCUAAGAUUAAGCAAGCAUGAUACAGAUUAUAGGUCGUUGAUGGAGUGGUAACUGGAUGCCUGGAUGCAGCACGAGAUCGCCAUGUUCUUUCUUGCGUUUGCGUUUUUACACAUGUCCAAUUAAUGUUUUGCUCUCUUUCUCGGGAUGAUAGCUGUAAGUUAUUCUUUCUGUUCUCGUUACAUGGUAAUGUCAAUCGAUCGAGGUGACUGUAUUA